AUGACGUAUCCAGACUCGAAGCCGCUUUCGCUAGAGACUGUGGAAGACAUGGUUCGCUGCGACCCCGAAACCCAGAAUUGCAAAGAGGUGGUGUUCCAGUGGACGGGCAAAUGCAGUCGGUGCAAUGGAGCAGGUUUUGUUACAUUUCGAAGAAAGAAGGGGAAGGACUUUUCGGGGAAGUGCAUCACUUGCCACGGAAUAGGAUAUGUGAACAGAUUCACUGUGAGGGAUGACAUCCGUGUCAUGGAAGACCCUGACUAUCCGUGGAACGAUGAACGCGAGGUGAUUCUGGAGAAGCAGUGGGGCGGCAGGGCGGGCGACAGACGCAUCUGCUCAUGGUUCUGGUCGGUACUUGUAGACGCUAGCACCACUGCUGCUACUACCACUGCCGCUGCCGCUGCUGCUGCCGGCACCGCCGGUGCUGCUGGCAGUGCUGCUGCUUCUGCCGCUGCUGCUGCUGGUGCGGCUGGUGCUAGUGCUGCUGCUGGUGGCGCUGCUGGUGGUGGUGCUUGUGGGGUGGUGCUGCCGCCGGUGUUGGUGGCACCGCAGUGCUAUGUGGUGCAGCAGCGGCAUGAGGACGUGUUUCUGCUUCUCACCACCACACAGGAGAUGCCACCGCUCAUGGCUCUAGAUCUACUAUCAUCGCUCAUCUCUCUCCUCACCGCGUAUCUCGGCCGGGUGUGCGACGACUCGUUAAAGGACCAUUUCGUUACAGUGUACGCUCUCCUGGACGAGGCGUUUAUAGGGGGGAUGCCUUUAACUUUGGAGCCUGCAAUUCUCAAGGAGCUAGUCCCGCCGCCCUCACUGCUCACCAAGGUGGUAGACACGAUAACCGGGGGCGUGGGGGGAGCAUCAGCCACAGCCACCGCCGCCACAGCAGCAGCCAACAUGCCAGCCCAGCUAGGCCGCUUCUUUGGCGCUGCUGGCGCUGCUGUUGCCAAUUCUGUUGCCCAGUCCUUCACCGGUCGGCCGGGGGGGGAAGGCAGCUGGGGAGGAGGCGGGGGAGGGGGCGGCGGGGGGGGAGGCGGAGGGGUCAGCGGAAGGGGAGGCGGAGGGGGGGCAGGUCCGUCUGGUAUGGGCAGUAUGGGCGGUAUGGGCGGUGCUGCUGCUGCUGCUGCUGCUGCUGCUGCUGCUGCUGCUGCUGCUGCUGCUGCUGCUGCCGGUGCUGGUAGUGCUGGUGCCACGGGUGCUGCUUCCGGUGCUGCAUUGCCCUGGCGACCAUUGGGGCUCAAGUACCUGCAGAACGAACUGCAGAUAGAGCUGCGGGAGCAGCUGGACGUCACUGUCGCACCAUCGGGAUUGGUGGAGCGGUGCGAUGUGUACGGGGAGGCGCACGCCACGUGUCGCAUGUCGGGGAUGCCAGAUGUCGCGCUGUCAUUCGUCGACGCGCGUGUGUUCUCAGACAUUGCCUUCCAUCCCAGUGUGCGCUACCGGGAGUGGGAUUCAGACCGUGUCGUGGCCCUCACCCCUCCUGAUGGAAACUUCAAGCUCCUCUCUUACAGGGUUCGCAGCAUACCAUGUGUACCUGUCUACGUCAAGCCGCAGAUAGCAUUCGUGCAGGACAGUGGGCGGGUGAACGUGAUGGUGGGGGUGAAGCACGACCCGGGCAAGCCUGUGGAGGGGCUCGUGCUGCUGCUGCCGCUGCCCAUGCAAGUCGCCUCCUGCGAUCUGCAGGCCAACGUGGGGACCGUGGCGUUUGACACUCUCACCAAGCUCUGCACGUGGUCGAUCGGUCGGAUGCCCCGAGACAAGAACCCGUGUCUCUCGGGCGGGCUCCGCCUCUCCUCGCCUCUCCCGCGCCCGCACGUGCACCCGGUGCUGCUGGCGCAGUUCAGAAUCAUGGGGGCGGCACUGUCAGGGGUGCGGAUCGAGUCUGUGGUGGUGAGAGGGGAGGAGAACCGGCGCCCGCACACGGCGUUUCGGUCCGCCACCGUUGCCGGGUGCUUCCAGAAUCAUGGGGGCGGCGCUGUGGGGGGUGCGGAUAGAAUCGGUGGUGGUGAGAGGGGAGGAGAACCGGCGCCCGCACACGGCGUUCCUAUCCGCCACCGUUGCCGGGUGCUUCCAGCUCUUGCUGCUGCUGCUGCUGCUGCUGCUGCUGCUGCUGCUGCUGCUGCUGCUGCUGCUGCUGCUGCUGCUGCUGCUUCGUUGCUGCUGCUAAUUAGGUGCAAGCGCACACAACAGCUCCCUUGCACUUAG